AUGGCACCGUCAACGCCACGGUUACGAAUCUUGUCAGUGGGCGGAAAUUCUGUUUCAGCUUUCCUGUCAUGGCGAUUGCAGGCCACGAACGCUUGUGACGUGACGCUGGUGUGGAAAUCCGGUUUUGAUGCCGUUGCACAGUAUGGAAUUACGUUCAAGUCAAAACUUUUUGGCAAUGAGAGGUUUAAGCCGCAUCAAGUUGUCCGAUCGCCCGAGGAAGCGUCUACAACACAAAAGGGUCCGUUUGAUUACGUUCUAUUGUGCGUCAAAGCACUUCCCGACGUCUACGACCUCUCGGCCGUGAUCGAGCCUGUUGUCACGCCGCAACACACUUGUAUUCUCGUCAACACGACACAUUCGCUGGGGGUCGAGGCCCAUUUGGAGCAGCGAUUUCCCACCAACGUUGUGCUCUCACUUGUUUCUGGAGCCGAGAUUACGCAAUUGGGUGCUAGCGAGUUUGAGCAUCAAGGCAGCACAGAUGUCUGGGUCGGUCCCGCGAACAAGAACCCAAGCAUCCCCGCCUCGAUCCAGUCAGACAUGGCGGAGGCGCUAGCAAUGACAUUGUCUUCUGGCCAGGUUGACUGCAAGGUCUCGGAGAAUAUUCGACAACAGCAGUAUGAGCGCAUGAUUGGUCCCAUUUCGUUCCAUCCCGCCAGUGUCUUGUUUGAGACUCCGAACCAUGCCGAUCUACUCGGCAAAGUCGGCGUUCGCCCUCUGGUAUCAGACGUGAUUGAUGAAGUGCUUCAGAUUGCAACCGCGCAAGGCUGUUCAUUUCCCGAGGAUUUCAAGGAGAAGACCAUGGAGACGAUGAUUCAGCCGAUAGAUGCCCGAAGCAUCAUGUAUCAGGACUUCACUGCUCGGCGGCCGAUGGAAGUCGAAACUUACCUGGGUUCACCUAUCAAGCUUGCCCAGGAGUUGGGCGUACAUGUUCCACGUAUUGAAACCUUGUAUGCUCUUCUUCAUCACAUCAACACAGUCAAUCAGUCACGCCCGGCCGUUCCACCCACGUCGCCUGGCGUAAAUGGUCCAAUGGUGCGACCCGGCCCACUCUCGCGGCCGCCGAGCAACGGGGGUCCGAUGAAUGGUCCGAUGCGAAAUGGUAUGCGCAGUCGAGUCCCAUCGGGUGUUGGCCCUCCGCCGCCACAAAUGCGACGAGCGCCGCCAUCGGCGAACGGCUUUCCUCCCCGACCACUCGUCAAUGGCAACUACCCGCCACGGGGUCCUUCAUCACUAGCUGGAGCACCGCCACCAGGUCAACUCUCUCGACGGCCAUCGCUAGAGGGUAAUGACCUUGAAGAUUUUAGCCAUGUGGUACUCUAUGACAACAUCCCAGAAGGGGGUGUGCCCGAUGGCGCUGGCGCCCCCACCAAUGUCGAUUUGACUAUGGGUAGCGCUGCAAUGAAUACACCCCAUUCUGAGCUCAACGCGCGUGAAAGAGAUUUGAUGCUUCGCGCACGGGAGCUCGCGUUGCGUGAGCAAGAAUUCAACAUGAGACGUGGCCCUCCUCGGAAACCUCAGCCUUCUCCUCGUCGCGGCGGUGGCGGAGGUAGUUGGGAUGACGAUGAUGACGAUGAGUACUUUGAUCCGUUGAAUUCUCGCGCACCUGUUCCGAUGAUUGACCCGGACAACGUUGACAUGAUGAGCAUUACUUCAAAACGGAAUCGCAAGAUCCCUAGUGUUAACCAGCUCCGCAAGAACCCUGAGAUGGCCUCGGGCUCACAUUUUGGAUUCGGACGCACACGGCCCGGUAUGAGUCGCAACCGGACGAGUACGGCGCUCAUGCAGGAUGUUCCUGGGCUUCACGAUUCAAUUAUGGAUAAUGCUCUGCUGGGCUAUUCCUCGGACCGUUAUGGCGACGUCGAUCGCGCGCGUAUUGGUCAUGAAUCUCGCGCGAACUCUUUGACUGCAGCUCGGCUGGACGAGCUCAGCAUUUCUGGUAGCAUGCCCGGAGGCUAUCCGGCCAUGGCGCGUCGCCCAAGCCAGUCUCCAGGAGACCCAUACAACCCUGGCAGAAGGACCGGUAGACCUUCGCCGCCCAAUGGACCGAACGGAUAUAUGGGUCCUAACGGACCACCAACGCAAGGCAGCCGACCAUCACCUCCGGGGAUGAUGCGGGCACCGAUUCCGAGGCAUCCGCCUGGACAAGGAAAUACUGUGGCACCACAACAGGUUGAGCAGCAUGCUGGGGUGAGCAACCUUUACCCGCCUAAGAGCGCUCCAAAUGUGCGAAGUCUGACGGGCAGUGCGAGCGCUAGCGCGGCGAGUGGUGAAAGCGCCCAGAUUGAUUCCGAAAAUUCGGCUCACAGCAGCCAAAGCAGCCUCGGCCCUCGACCUAAUACCGGCAUUUAGAUUCUCUUCAUCCCACCGAGUCUCUUUCUUACUCUUUUACGAUUCUUUCUGAUGCGACCACUUGUCACCAUUUGAGUAAUGGCUGCAAAGAUGGGGAGGUUUUCAUAUUGGAGACUUUUGGCGUGUCACCUCUUUCAUCUUUUUUCUUUCCCCUCUUCUCUUCAUUCAAAUCUUCGAAAGCUUUUUUCUUUCUUUCUUUUUUCCCCCUCUCCUUGAGUCCCCGAUAUGGAUGAUAACCAAGGUUUUCAUUAGUUUGCGCCUUUGAGAAAGAGGUUCGGGGUAAGAGUAAGGACUGCGAGCGCCGGGCUAAUGUGCAUCACAUCAUAUUCAAGUUUCUUAGAUUUGGUACACCCCAGAGGUUUUGUUAUUAUUUAUUGUUUUCCCAGUACGGCAUACAUGAUAUGGGUCCCUGUUGUUUUCGCGUCUCACUUUCUUUUUCU